AUGAAGAGUCCGGUGCGCAGGUGCAGGGAUGUGGAGUCCAAUGGGACGGGUCAUGUGACAGGCUUCCUCCAGCCCGAGCAGCGCAUCCCCAUCUCCAAAGAUGUCAUCACAGCGUACUCCGCUCCAGCCAUGUGGUUCAUCAAAGAUGCCUGUGGGAUCGUGUGUGCCAUCAUCACCUGGCUGCUUGUGUUUUACGCAGUGUUUGUGGUGCUGUUUGUGAUGUUGCUCCCGGCAAGAAGUCUGACAUACAGCAUUGUGAACGGGAUACUGUUCAACUCCCUGGCCUUCCUCGCUCUGGCCUCACACCUCAGAGCGAUGUGCACUGACCCUGGAGCUGUGCCAAAGGGGAACGCCACUAGAGAGUAUAUCGAGAGCCUUCAGUUGAAGCCGGGACAGGUGGUUUACAAAUGUCCCAAAUGCAGUAGCAUCAAACCUGACCGAGCACAUCACUGCAGCGUUUGCAAGCGAUGUAUACGAAAAAUGGACCAUCACUGUCCUUGGGUCAACAACUGUGUGGGAGAGAACAACCAAAAAUACUUUGUACUCUUCACAAUGUAUAUUGCACUCGUCUCUUUGCACGCUUUAUUCAUGGUGGUCUUCCAUUUGCUCUUCUGCUUUGAAGACGAUUGGUCCAAGUGCAGUUCCUUCUCUCCUCCAGCCACAGUCCUCCUCCUCAUCCUCCUUUGCUUCGAAGGCAUCCUCUUCCUCAUCUUCACCUCUGUGAUGUUUGGUACCCAGGUUCACUCCAUCUGCACCGACGAAACUGGCAUCGAGCGGUUGAAAGGCGAGGUGGGUCGCUGGGAGAAGGUCCCCUGCAGAGAGGCCAUAAGGACUGCGUUUGGAGGCCCCCUGUCUCUGUCCUGGUGCAGCCCCUUCUCUGGACUGAGCUGUAAACCCUCCCCCCAGGAGCACGAGCCUGUCCCACAAGGAGAGAUCAUCGAACAGGAUGUCAUCGAGAUACCGCUCAGCUAA